AUGGAUAUCAUGGAGAAGUCCAGAUUUUCAGACGGUAGGUCACCAUGUGGGUUAAAUUCUAACCCUUCCAUGCAAACAAGAGCAGGAGGAGCCCAUGCUAUGGACAGCAAGUCUCAAGCAACCACAAACCUUAAAGGCACUGUGCUUCUUAAGCAGGAUAGCUUGAAUAAGAAAGAACAAGAAGCAAGCUGUGCUACCCGUAAGUGUCCAUUUGAGGCGUAUUUAGAAAAGUGCACACGGUUAGAGAAGGAAAACCUAGAAGUUAAGAAGAAGCUUAAAAAGAUGGAGACCUAUUCAAGAGAAUGCAAAACAGAGCUGCAGAGAUUUGUGAAGAGGUUUAAAGAGUUUAAAAACAUCAACAAAGACCUGGAGACGAAGAACAAACAACUUCUCAUUAAAAACCAGCAAAUGAGGCAAAGAAUUACAGAGGUCUUAAAGAAGGACAGACCUCAGUCUGAAGAUCUGGAGAGACUCCCAUGCCGUGAACACCAGGAGAAGCAGCAACUUAGAGAAACAGUCUUUGUGCUCCAAGAGAGGGUAAAUAACUUAACAGAACCAGUCAGGAAAUCUCAUGGAAUGAAACAGGAUGCAGAAAUAACCGAAGAGAGGAAGAUCCUAACUCCGCUACAACAGGAAAACCAGACUCUAAGAGAGAGACUCGACCACAGCGGUCAGGUCAUAAAAGAUGCUGAAAGUAGAGCAGAGAGAGUUCAGGAGGAGCUGGAUGAACUAGAGUGCUGCCUGCUCACUGUGCAGACUGAGAGGAAUCUACUGCGGCAGGAAGUAAAGAGGCUCCAUAAGGAAUAUAUCAGCCUUACUAACAUCAUCUCAAUGCAGCUGAAAGAAAACAACAAAGCUGCCUGUCUCAGGGAAACCCCUGAGAGCCUUGCUUUACAGUCCACCACAGUAAAGCCCACCAGUUCAGCAUCCAGGUAA